AUGGGCCUCGGAAAAGUAUCUGUUCGCAUCAAUGGCGCCGACUGCGGUAUAGAAGCCAUCAUGCUCGGGGUCGUCACCUCGAUCGGAGGCUUCUUGUUCGGAUAUGACACUGGGCAAAUUUCGGGGAUGUUACUUUUCACGGACUUUAGAAGGCGAUUCGGCACGCUACAACCAAAUGGAGAGUAUAACCUGGAUACCAUUACAUCCUCUCUCCUCGUCUCUCUCAUGUCCAUUGGCACGCUCAUUGGCGCGCUUUCCGGCGCAUACACCGCGGAUUGGUGGGGACGACGCCGCAGUCUGAGUUUCGGAGUCCUGGUCUUCAUUAUCGGGAAUGUUAUCCAGAUCACCGCCAUGGACUCGUGGGUGCACAUGAUGAUGGGUCGCUUCACGGCUGGCCUUGGGGUUGGCAAUCUCUCUGUCGGCGUGCCCAUGUUUCAAUCCGAAUGCUGUCCGCGCGAGAUCCGUGGUGCUGUUGUUGCGUCCUACCAGCUCAUGAUCACAAUUGGUAUUCUGGUCUCGAACGCGAUUAACUUCGGCGUCCGCGAAAUCCAAGACACGUCAGCGUCUUGGAGAAUCGUUGUAGGCCUCGGUAUCGCGUUUUCGCUCCCUCUGGGAAUUGGCAUUCUAUUCUCUCCUGAGUCUCCCAGGUGGCUGGCUGGCCGUGGACGAUGGGAGGACUCGCAUAUGUCGCUAGCGCGUCUGCGAGGCAUGAAAGACGAUCCAGCUAAUGAACUCGUGGUCGACGACUUCAAAGAGAUGCAGGAGUCUAUCCUCGAGCAGAGGAAAGCUGGUCAGGGGACUUGGCUAGAAUGCUUUACCGGAAAACCAUCCGGCAUCCCACGACUGGCGUAUCGCACGUUGCUCGGUAUGGCUAUACACUUCUUGCAGCAGUGGACUGGCGUCAACUACUUCUUCUAUUAUGGGGCGACUAUAUUCGACUCAGCCGGUAUCGACGAUCCAAUCUUGGUCCAGCUUAUUCUCGGCGCAGUAAAUGUGGCAAUGACGUUCCCGGGGCUGUACAUUGUCGAAAGGGUAGGCCGCCGCAUUCCAAUGACCAUUGGUGCUAUCUGGCAGGCUUGCUGGCUCCUCAUAUUCGCUUCCGUCGGUACUGCAAAGCCGCCAACGGAAAAUACGAGCUCCGGCAUCGUCAUGAUCGUGUCGGCGUGCAUGUUCAUCGCAUCUUUCGCAAUGACGUGGGGUCCGUUUGCAUGGGUGGUCAUCGGCGAGACGUUCCCACUCCGCACUCGCGCGAAGCAAGCAUCCCUAGCAACUGCUGGAAACUGGCUCGGUGGGCAACUGAUGAUGCCUUCAGGGAACUUUCUCAUCGGUUUCCUCACUCCCUUUGCCAACGACGGCAUCAGUUAUGCUUACGGCUACGUCUUCUUCGGCUGCAACUUGGCGGCAGCAGUCAUCGUUUACUUCUUCCUGUACGAGACGAAGUCGUUGUCCCUUGAGAACGUCGACGCCAUGUACUCGGAGCGCUCGCUCAAGCCGUGGAAGAGCGACAAGUGGGUUCCUCCAGGAUACUUCGACAGGAAGACUCGCGACCUUGCCUACUGGAAGCGUAGGACGUCUAUCACGGACGGUCCGAGCAGGAGGGGCGAAAAGAGCGUUGAUGAGGAGGAUAGGUCGUCUUUAUCACCUUUUGGACCUGAAUCCACGGCACAUCGCGAAAGGACUGGGAAUGACAGGCGAGUGUAA